AUGGCACCGAUGAGUUUGCCUCCAGGUUUCAGGUUUCAUCCAACAGACGAAGAGCUAGUGGCAUACUAUCUGGACAGGAAGGUCAACGGCCGAACCAUUGAGCUUGAGAUUAUCCCCGAAGUUGAUCUCUAUAAAUGCGAGCCAUGGGAUUUGCCUGAGAAGUCAUUUUUGCCGGGGAACGAUAUGGAAUGGUACUUUUACAGCACAAGGGAUAAAAAGUAUCCGAAUGGGUCUAGGACAAACCGUGCGACCCGAGCGGGUUACUGGAAAGCCACAGGGAAAGAUCGUGUAGUAGAAUCAAAGAAGAUGAAGAUGGGGAUGAAGAAGACGCUCGUUUAUUACCGAGGAAGGGCUCCUCAUGGCCUUCGUACUAAUUGGGUGAUGCAUGAAUAUCGUCUCACUCACCCUACUUCCUCCUCUUCCAUCCAGGAAUCGUAUGCAUUGUGCCGUGUGUUUAAGAAGAAUAUACAAAUUCCAAAGAGAAAAGAAGAAGAAAUGACUACUAGUGUUGGGAAAGAGGAGGAAGAAGAGGAGAAGAAGAAGUGGAAAAAGUAUGAUGGGGAGACGAUGGAAAGAGAAAGCGAAGAAGUGGAAAGCUUAAAAAUAGCAUCAGCGGAGACAUCCUCAUCAGAGCUCACUCAAGGGAUCCUUUUAGACGAAGCUAACAGUUCAUCCAUUUUCGCCCUUCAUUUCUCGUCUUCCCUUCUCGACGAUCAUGAUCAUCAACUUUUUGAAAACUACCCUCAGCUUCCCUUCCAUUCUCCUCUCCCACUCCAAGGUUUCCCUCAGCUCUCUAUGAACGAAGCAGAGAUCAUAUCUAUGGACAAUUCCAAGCAACAAGACUUUCACUACAGAGACUCGAUAAACGGGACACUUGACGAGAUCUUCUCUUUUGCUUCUUCCUCCGCCACCUUGCCCCCAGCACUUUAAUAUAUAAUCCUUAUUUUCAUUUAAUAUAUAGUCCUUAUUUUCAUAUUCAGACUUCUUUUCUUAACCUACCGAAUUAUAUUUAGAUAAUUCAUAUAUAUCGUUUUUCUUUUCUUUUUGGCUUCUCAAUUGGUAUAAGUGUAACCUACGACAAAAGGUUUGUGGUUGUUGA